CUCCCAGGUGCCCUUACACAAACACCCUCUUUUAACGCUAUCCAACAACGCCCAAAAUUGUAAACCCUAAUCAUCAACUCUAUGCGUUUCAAAUUUCUCUGUGCAAUUGCAACUUCUUCACUCUCUCUGCCUGUUUGUUCAUUAAUUUUAGUAUUUAAAUGGGAAAGGAAAACCCGAAGUCCGGAUAUUUUGAAUCGGCGUUUUCCCCGAUCCAAUUCCAAUAGGGUUUAUUUAAUUAAAAACCCCUUACCCGAUUACUCAGUUUGUUGUCGGAUCCAGUUCGGGUCGAAACUGGGUUUAUUCUUCUGGGUCGGUUAUCUCUACCUUUGCAAACUGGUUAAUCCGUGCAUAUAUGAGUUGCUGUUUUGAAUUGAAAUUGUGUUAUAAGAAGGUGGCUUGGUCCUGUUGAUGACCUUUUCUCUGAUGUGCCAUGUGAUGUAGUUUGCCUUAUUUGGAAGAGAUUCAAUGGAGAUUUCUGAUGAGGCAGUACUAGUUGAUUGUAGUAGAUUGAAAUCGGCAGUGUGGAAAGACUUUGACCGGGUCAAAAGAGGUGAUGCAUGCGUUGCUGUUUGUAAGCAUUGUAAAAAGAAACUUAGCGGUUCAAGUACCAGUGGAACAUCACAUUUGAGAAAUCACUUAAUCAGGUGUCGAAGAAGAUCAAAUCACGAUGUAUCACAGAUGCUAACAUCAAAAGGAAAGAAAAAGGAAGGAUCGUUGGUCCCGGUAAACUUCACUUUUGAUCAUGAUCAGGGAAAGGCUGACAUCCCCAAUCUCGUUACUGGUAAAUACGAGCAAAGCCCAGUGAAAGAGGGUCUUGUUAGCUUAGCUAACGGUAACUUUGAUUACAGAAGGAGUCGAUUUGAUCUUGCCCGCAUGAUUAUAUUACAUGGUUAUCCUUUGGCUAUGGUGGAGCAUGUUGGGUUCAAAAUAUUCGUUAGAAAACUGCAGCCCUUGUUUGAGCUUGCAACACUUGACGGAGUAGUGGCUGAUUGUAAGGAAAUUUACCUAAAAGAAAAGCAGAAAGUAUGCGAAAUGUUGGAUAAUCUUCCCGGAAAAAUCAGCCUGAGUGUUGAUACCUGGGCUGCGAAAGGAGAUGCUAAAUACUUAUGUUUAACAGCACAUUCUGUUGAUGAAACUUGGGCUUUGAGGAAGAAGAUUUUGAGUUUUAUACAAAUUGAUCCUUUUCAAACAGAGGAUAUGGUUUCUGAAGUUAUCAUGUCGAGAUUGAUGGAGUGGGAUAUCGAUCGGAAGUUGUUUUCAAUGACCUGUGAUAGUUGUCAAAUCCACGACAACAUCGUCUGUAAAAUUAGGGAACGGUUAUCACAGAAUCGAUUUCUUUUAUGUAACGGCCAAUUAUUUGAAGUAAGAUGUGCAGCAAAUCUCAUCAAAGUUAUGGUGGAAGAUUGUCUAGAAGCCUUAAGUUUGACAAUCUGCAAGAUUCGGGAAAGCAUUAGGUACAUUCGAAUGUCACAAGCAACUCACGAGAAGUUCAAUGAAAUGGUGCAAGAAGUUGGAGCCAACAGCCAAAAAUCACUAUAUCUCGACAACCCUCUCCAUUGGAAUUCAACUUAUAUCAUGCUUGAUGUUGCUUUGGAGUACAGAGAAGCGUUUUCCCGUCUCCAAGAACAUGACUUUGCUUACACAAUGUGCCCAUCGGACGAUGAUUGGAGCCGAGCUAGCACCAUAACUAGUUUCUUGAAGCUUUUUGUUGAAGUUUCUACAGUUUUUGCAGGAAGCAAACAUCCAACUGCAAAUAUAUAUUUUCCAGAGGUUUGUGAUAUCCAUUUACAGUUAAUUGACUGGUGCCAGAGCCGGGAUGAACAUAUAAGCUCAUUAUCGUUAAAAAUGAAGAGUAAAUUUGAUGAUUACUGGAAGAAAUGCAGCUUGGCGUUGGCAGUGGCAGCGAUCUUAGACCCUCGAUUUAAGAUGAAGUUAGUAGAGUAUUACUACCCACAAAUUUAUGGGGGUGAUGCUCCAGAUUGUGUAGAUAUUGUUUCUAACUGUAUGAGGGCACUUUACAAUGGGCAUGAUGUGUAUUCCACAUUAGCUUCUCACAGCCAGGUGGGCGGAAGUGAUGGCGGUAACGAUACCCGAGAUCGGCUGACAGGUUUUGAUCGAUUCCUUCAUGAAACGUCGCAGAAUCAAAACGUGAAGUCGGACCUUGAUAAGUAUCUGGAGGAGCCGUUAUUUCCUCGGAAUGUUGAUUUUAACAUACUGAAUUGGUGGAAAGUUCACACUCCUAGGUAUCCGGUGCUAUCGAUGAUGGCGAGAAAUAUCCUCGGAAUCCCGAUGUCAAAGGUUUCGUUGGAGUCGGUGUUUGAUACCGGAGAUAUUGUUGUUGAUGAGUAUCGAAGCUCAUUAAGCGCGGAUACUCUGCAAGCGCUCAUUUGCACACAAGAUUGGAUGCGAAAUGGUUUAGAAGAUUCAAAAGCGUCUUCAAGCUCAUCGACUUUGGCAAUCUGCUAUGAUGCAUAGAAUGAAUCGAGUUUGGUAGGUUGUGUUAGAAUGUCGUUUAAUUUUGAGGUAGGAUUGUUCUAUUAUUUAUGUGCUUUUGGGUCGAUUUCUUUGUGUAGAGGUGCGUUAUGAGCACGACGACUGAUUCUAGUAAUCUAGUUCUAAUCUACCAAAUGGAAAUGACCACCGCAUACAGAAUAUGUCAUUUGCAACUGCUUCU